UAUGUUAUCUCCAUUAAUUAUUAGCACAUUAAUAGAAACAACAAUAACAGAGGGCAUAUUUUCUACAUGCAUAGCAUGUAUUUUCAGGUAAACAUUUGAUAUGAUUGAUUUAGCAUGAAAAUGUACUCUUACAUUGUAAGUGAAGAAAAACUAGACUUAAUUCAAUACAAUCAAUAUCUAUGGAUACCAUGUUUAGUUUGUUAACCUAGAAAAAUGGUUUUUAAGAAACAAAGAAACUUUAUUUAAAUAUUCAAAUGUAUCAUAAAUUCCACAUUAAUAAUAUUAUGGGACUUUUAUUAUAUUACAUAUGA